AUGGUCCAGCAGUUUUGUCUCUGGAAAUGGUUAGCUGUAGGGAUGGCAGUUGCUACUAUCUUAGCAGGUUGUUUGGCCCAGAAUGAUGAAGACUGGCAAUACGAGGAUUGCAAAUUGGCCAGAACAGGUCCUCCAGCCACAAUAGUUCCUAUCGAUGAGGAAAGUCGCAACGGCACCAUCCUGGUUGACAGUAUGCUGAUCAAGGGGACAGCAGGAGGGCCAGACCCCACCAUUGAACUCUCCCUAAAGGACAAUGUGGAUUACUGGGUGAUCCUCGAUCCUAUCAGCCAGAGGUUAUACCUGAAUAGCACUGGCCGAGUUCUGGACAGAGAUCCCCCAGUGUCCAUUCAGUCCAUUGUGGUGCAAGUGCAGUGUGUCAACAAAAAGGUUGGCACCAUCAUCAACCACGAAGUGCGGAUUGUGGUGAGAGACAGGAACGAUAACUCGCCCCAGUUCCAGCAGCAGCGAUACUACGUGGCGGUAAACGAGUUAACUCCAGUUGGAACAACCAUCUUCACAGGAUUUUCUGGAAACAAUGGUGCUAUUGACAUUGAUGAUGGGCCCAAUGGACAGAUAGAAUAUGUCAUCCAGUACAACCCUAAUGACAAGACUUCCAACAGGACCUUUGAUAUUCCCCUGACUCUGUCUGGAGCAGUAGUCCUACGGGAACGACUGAAUUAUGAGGAAAAGACUCGUUACUUUGUCAUCGUUCAAGCAAAUGACCGAGCCCAAAAUCUGCACGAGCGAAGGACGAGCACAACCACCCUGACAGUGGAUGUGCUUGAUGGGGACGACCUGGGACCCAUGUUUCUUCCCUGUGUCUUGGUGAACAACACUCGUGACUGCAGGCCUCUCACCUACCAAGCCAGCUUGCCAGAACUGACUGAUCCUGCACUUGUGAAUCCCAUCAGUGUCACUCCACCCAUCCAAGCCAUAGAUCAGGACCGAAACAUCCAGCCUCCUUCUGAUCGACCGGGCAUCCUCUAUUCCAUCCUAGUUGGCACUCCCGAGGAUUAUCCCCAGUAUUUCCAUAUGAAUCUCACAACAGCUGAACUGACCCUCCUGAAGCCAAUCAACAGGGAUUUACACCAGAAGUUUGACUUGGUCAUUAAGGCUGAACAAGACAACGGCCACCCUCUUCCUGCCUUUGCCAACCUGCACAUCGAAGUCCUCGAUGAGAACAACCAGAAGCCUUACUUCACAAGAGCCACCUAUGAGGGCUUCAUCCUUGAAUCCUCCCCGGUGGGCACAACUGUCUGUGAUAACCGGAAUCUGACUUCUCCACUGCAGAUCGUGGUGUUGGACAACGACGUGGAGGAGACCAAGGAUCCGCAGCUCCAUCUCUUUCUGAACGAUUACAAUACGGUUUUCACUGUGACUCCGAGUGGCAUCACCCGCUACCUCACCCUGCUGCAGCCUGUCGACAGAGAACUCCAGCAGCUUUACACCUUCUCGAUGACAGCUUCUGAUGGUGUCCAGGAGAGCCUUCCGGUGACCGUCAAUAUCGUGGUGAUCGACGCCAAUGAUAACUCCCCCACCUUCUCCAACUUGUCAUACAGUGUCAAGAUCUACACAGACAUGGAGCCCGGGGAAGGUGUGAUAAAGCUGACUGCUGUAGAUGCGGACGAGGGAGCCAAUGGACAGAUAGUGUAUGAAAUUUUGGCGGGGGAUCAGGGAGACUUCAUCAUCAAUGACCGAACAGGCCUUAUCACCAUUGCUCCAGGAGUUGUGCUGGCAGUGGGGCGCUCCUACGCCCUCACUGUCAAAGCAUCUGAUAGUGCUCCUCCUGCACAGAGAAGGAGCUCUAUUACCACUGUUUACAUUGAGGUCCUUCCACCCAACAACCAGAGCCCUCCUCGCUUUCCCCAGCUGAUGUACAGCCUGGAGGUCAGCGAGGCCAUGAGGAUCGGAGCUGUUCUGUUAAACCUGCAGGCUUUUGAUAGAGAGGGUGACCCUAUAAGAUACCUCAUUCAGAAUGGAGAUCCUCAGCAAGUUUUUAAUCUCUCUCAAAGCUCUGGAGUGCUAACAUUAGGAAAGGCCUUGGACAGAGAGAGCACCGACCGCUACAUUCUGAUCGUUACAGCCUCGGAUGGCAGACCUGAUGGGACCUCAACUGCUACAGUUAACAUAGUGGUGACUGAUGUCAACGACAAUGGGCCAGUUUUUGACAUGUUUCUGCCUAGAAACCUGUCUGUACAGGAGGAGGAAGCCAAUGCUUUUGUUGGGCAAGUCAGGGCCACAGACGCAGACGCUGGGGUCAAUGGCCAGGUGCACUACAGCCUGGCCAACUUCAACAACCUCUUCCGCAUCACAGCCAACGGCAGCAUUUACACAGCAGUGAAGCUGAACAGAGAAGAGAGAGACUACUACGAGCUCCUGGUGAAAGCCACGGAUGGGGCUGUGGACCCUCGCCAUUCCACCCUGACCUUAGCCAUCAAGGUGCUGGAUGUUGAUGACAACAGCCCUGUUUUUACCAACGCCUCCUACACUGUCUGCGUGCCAGAAAACCUCCCACCGGGCACUGUCUUCCUGCAGAUCGAGGCAAAGGACGUGGAUCUUGGCUCUGAAGUUAGCUAUCGGAUCCGGACGCAGGAAGCACUGCAGUAUUUUGCCCUGGACAAGCACACAGGAGAGUUAUCUCUUGUGAAGUCCUUGGAUUAUGAAUCAUUCUCUGACACAGAGGCAACCUUCACUUUUCUGGUGGAAGCCUUCGACAGCAAGGGCACUAUGCCUCCUGGGCUCGCCACCGUCACGGUCAGGGUGAAGGAUAUGAAUGAUUACUCUCCAGUAUUUAGCCAAAAGCUCUACAGGGGGAUGGUUGCUCCUGAUGCAGUCAAGGGCACUGUCAUCACCACUGUUUUUGCUGAGGAUGAAGACCCUCCGGGCACAGCAGCAAGUCGAGUCCGCUACAGAGUCGACGUCGUCCAGUUCCCCUACAGUGCCAGCAUUUUUGAUGUGGAGGAGGACUCAGGACGUGUGGUCACCAGAGUCAACCUAAACGAGGAGCCAAGCACAGUCUUUAAGCUAGUGGUGAUUGCCUAUGAUGAUGGAGACCCUGUGAAGCUCAACACCACUACUGUAGAAAUUGCUGUGCUGCAGCCUUCGGUGAUCCCAAGGUUCACACAGGAUGAGUACAGACCCCCACCAGUGAGUGAAAGUGCCCCAAAAGGAACUGUGGUGGUAGUUGUUACAGCAGCUGCCUUGAACCAGACCAUUGUCUAUUCAAUUGUUGCAGGAAAUGAAGAGGGGGUGUUUGCUAUUAACAACAGAACAGGAGUGAUCUGGGUUCAGAAGCCUCUGGACUAUGAGAGCGUCACAAGCUACGAGCUGCGGGUUCAGGCGGACUCCCUGCAAGUGGUGCGAUCCAACCUGCGCGUCCCUUCCAAGAGUAACACAGCCAAAGUGUUUAUUGAAGUGAAGGACGAAAACGACCACGCGCCUGUCUUCACCAAACAGAUGUACAUUGGAGGGGUGUCUGAAGAUGCCAAAAUGUUCUCCUCUGUGCUUAAAGUUAAGGCCAACGAUAAAGACACUGGGAACUACAGUGCCAUGCAGUACAGGCUGAUCAUUCCUCCCAUCAAGGAUGGUAAAGAAGGUUUUGUGAUUGAAGCUUACACAGGGCUCAUAAAAACUGCUAUGAUGUUCAAAAACAUGAGAAGGUCCUACUUCAAGUUUCAGGUCAUUGCCACGGACGACUAUGGGAAAGGACUGAGCAGCAAAGCAGAAGUGCUUGUCUCUGUGGUCAACCAGUUGGACAUGCAAGUCAUCGUCUCAAACGUGCCUCCCACCCUCGUGGAGCAAAACAAAGAUCAGCUCAUAGGGAUUCUGGAACGUUACAUCCAAGAUCAGAUUCCUGGUGCCACGGUGGUGGUGGAGUCCAUUGGGGCACGGAGGUAUGGGGAUGGCUACUCUGAAGAGGACUACAGCAAGUCUGACCUCAUGGUCUAUGCCAUUGACCCACAAACCAACAGAGCUAUCAUGAGGAGUGAACUUUUCAAGUUCCUGGAUGGCAAACUGCUGGACAUCAACAAAGAGUUUCAGCCAUACCUGGGGCAGGGGGGACGCAUCCUGGAGAUCCGCACCCCAGACGUGGUGGCAAACGUCAAGAAGCAGGCGCAGGCUGUAGGCUUCACGGAAGGUGCCCUGCUCGCCCUGGCUGUCAUCAUCAUCCUGUGCUGCAUGCCAGCUAUCUUGAUAGUCAUGGUCAGCUACAGACAGUAA